AUGGAGGGCGUGGAGACGGCGGGGCCGCAGGCCCCGCCCGAGGCACCUGGGCGAGAGCCACUGUCCGUGCCCAUCCUUGAAACGGUGCGCAAUGCGCAGAGCACCCACGGCCUCAAGCACCAGGAGUUCAGUCGUUACAGGCAGUACUGCUCCCGCCGCCUGCGCCGGAUAUACAAGGGUGUCAGGUUCCUGCAUGGGCGCGGCAGGUUCCAGAAGAAGGCCCUGGAGCCGGCCACCGUCAAGGAUGCACGCCACGUCAUGAUCCCCCUGGUGGCCUCCGAGCGUGCCUGGGCCCACGCCAUGGACCUGAAGAACGAGGCCGAAUCGUCCCCGGCGCCCGGGCCCAUGCGCUCGCACCUCCAUCGUCGCCUGGCCAAGGCUGCCGCACACGCCGCCGCGCUGUGCACGCUGGCCUCCGCCCGCUGCGACUCGCGCACCUCGCUGGAGGCCCAGGCCUACGCCCUGCUCAUGGCCGGCACCCUGGCCCAGGAGCGCGGCCGCGACUGGGCGGAGGCGGGGGCCGUGCUGGCGCGCUGCCGGGCGCUGCUCGCCGGCCUCGCGGCGGCGGGGACCUUUGACCAGCAGGCCGUAUGCCGCUACUUCCUGGACCAGGUGGAGCCGGCCAUACGGUACUGCCAGUACCAGGCUGCGCGCGAGGGCAGCGGCGCCCAUGCUGCCGCCGCGGCGGGGGCCGGGGAUGAUGCCGCGGCGGAGCAGCUGGCCAGCCAGCUGGCAGCCCUGCAGGCCACGCCGGGUGGCGGCGACAGUGUGGCAGCGGCUCAUGGAGGUGCAGCCGCCCCCGCCGCCGACUUCGAGUGGAGGGGCGCAAAGUUCCCGGUGCCCGAUGCCAGGACGCGAACGGCCCUCCAAGCGGCCCAGGAGCGGGAGAGGGAGCUGGUCGCCGGCCAGGCGGACGCCGGCAGCCUGGAGAAGAGGGUGGCCCUGUCCGACCGCGUCGCCGCCGCUUAUGGCGACGCGCUGUCCGGGGUCGAGGCCGCGCUGGCCCUGGGCCAGUCCGGGUCGGUCGAGGAGCUGCGGGCGCUGGAGCGGGCGGUGCGGGGCCGGGUGCUGGACCUGACGCUGCGGCGGUAUUCGCUGCAGCUGCACGACCUGGCGGCGGAGCUGGGCGGGAGCGUGGGCGAGACCAUCAUGGACGACGCCGCUGCGAUGACGGCGGGCUUCCAGGCGCAGAGGUCUGCGGCGGUGGCACACAUCUUGCUGGCCGCCAGGAGCUGGAGGGAGGCCGCCUCCCUCUUUGCACGCGCAGGAGAGCUGGCGGGUCAUGCUGUCGAAAGACACCAGGAGUGCGAGCGGGUGGAUGAGGAGGCAGUGCGGGGCCUCGUCUCUCUGCAGUCCUCCACGGCCGCCUUCAGGGCCGUGGCUGCCGCGGAGGCUGCCGCCGAGGCCGCAGCCCUCGGCGACAGAGCCGCCUCUGAUGUGGAAGCGCUGGCCCUGGAUCCCAAUGCCCCAACUGAGUCAGCAGCGGGGCAUGCGUACCUGUGCGACGACUGGGACGCUCCCCAGGCAUUCGUGGGCGAGGGCAAGAGCACCGCUCGCAUCGCACGGAUCCCGCCGCGGCUGGAGCCCAUCCCCGUGCGGCCGAUCGUGCUCGACGCCGCUCUGAACUACAUCACCAUGCCCUCCCUGGCGCACAGGGUGGCAAAGAAAGCGGGCACGGGCGUGGUGUCCCGGCUCUUCGGCUGGGGGGAGCGAUGA